AUGUCUGUAGCGGGCUUCAAGAAGCAGUUUUAUAAAGCCAGCCAGGUUAGCGAACAACUUUCCUCCCCUCCGAAUACAGAUUUGUUUCAAUAAGUAUUAGCUAGCUAAUAUUAGUAAUGUUAGAUAGCAAACGAGUUAAAAAAUAAAUCAUUAUCUGAGAUUGCUAGGUAACUAGCUUGCAUUAACUUUUAUGAAGUUUUAGCUUGCUAGCUAGCUAGCUACUGGCUAGGCUACUUUUGUAGUAACUUUAGCUAGCUAUACAUUUUUUUAUUGUUACAUGUUUUUGUAUGUUAUUUAGCUAGUUGGCAGUCUUUAUAAUUAUUUCAUGCGUUAACAUUAGCAAACUAACGUUAAAACGUGACAAAAACCUUCAAAAGAAUGCCAUGAUAAACUUGACAGCUAGCCAGCCAGCUAGCUAACGUUAGCUAGCUAGAUACUUUUUAUGUACUUAGCGUAGCUAGAAUCUCAAGAAAAACACUUCGCAGGUAGUUAGCUAUCCUAGUACACAGCUACCUAGAUAACGGUACUAGUAUGGAUAGUGCAUGUGUCAUGUCUGUCAACUGUCACUUAACAGGUAAGCUGAGGGUGUACACACCUUCAGGUAACACAUUCCAGUGUGCUAACUGUUCCUAGGCUAUCUAGCUAUGCCCUGGGGAUAUCAGGGGCAACGUAUGUGUUGCUGGUGGUUUUGUUAGUUACCUUGUAGAACAGGGGUUCCCGAACUUUUUCACUCAGGCACCCCUUCUAGUAUUGGGGUUUUAAUUUCGAAAAUCAAAUUUCAGAGUGCCAAUAUCUUGUUGGUUAUGUAGACGGAAGAUGGAUGAUUUAGAUUUGUUUUCCUCUGUUGGAGCCCUGUCUGAUCUCAGUUCUGGUGGUUAUUAAGACAUUUUUUUAUUUUUUUAUUUUUAUUUAACCUUUAUUUUAUCAGGGAGUCAUACUGAGACCAAGGUCUCUCUUACAGAUGAGCCCUGAAUUACAUAAAUUAUAGAAAAUACACACAUCAAAAUAAAAAUACAAAAUGCAAGCAGAAAGAAAAACAGUCGUAAAAAACAGACAUUCAUCAGUAAAAAGGUCCUCCAUCAGCGUUCUGAAUUGGCCUAGAGGCACCAAAACAUCACAUUUCAGAACAUUUUGAAGAUUGUUCCACAAAUAAGAUGCAAAAAAACUAAAAGCUGAUUGAAAUAACUCAGUAGAGACCAAAUGAAUUUCCAGUGUUAGCCAUCCCUGAGACCAGGUGUUGUAACUCGUAUGUCUAAAGUUUAGUAAUGAUGUUCGGUACAGUGGGCUUUAUAAUUGAAACAUAGCAAUGUAUCAUCCUACUUUUGAGUCAGUCUCUUCUUGUCCCUGCUGAUCUCAGCAGGAAAGACAUAUGCUUUCUACCCCAACAUCCUUUUAGGAGCGGGCUUAGAUCCCCAGUUGGGGCUUAGAAAAAAAGAGAGGGAUAUGAAGAGAAAGAGGGAAAGAGUCAAUCCAUUGAGAAGACAGACCGUGAAAGAGGAAAUGGAGGGCCAAAACUGCAGUGUAUAUGUGUGUGUACUGUAUUUUUGUGUGUGUUUGCAUGCAUGUGUGUACUGUAUAUUUGUGUGUGUUUGCGUGCAUGUGUUACAGGGGGGCUAGGAGAGAAACUAUGCGCCUUCUCCCUGAUUGGACUGCAAUGCAGUUGCAGUUUCUUGCCAAACUUCAUAGGAGUCAAUCAUGCCUGACGCCAACAAGAAAUAUGACACUCCCCUGCAAGGCAUAAAAUAACAUGCUUAUUGAGAGCAUGCAGUGGUUUUGUCACUAGCAAUGAUGGCAUGUGAUUGGAAAUAGGCCUACUUGUAGGAAUUGGUUUCGUAUGUUUUCUGCAGCACUGUUUUUUCUGUUCUUAUGGAAUGCAGGAAGUUGGCUUUAGAAAUGUAAUAUAGCUGCAGCACCCCAUAGCACACGCCCAUGUUUUUUUUGGACUUACUAUCCCCCUUACUUUUCACCACAUUUCACAAAGCUGUCAAACAUGGCCUACACAUUAUUCAACUUGUUGUGUGUACACACGUACCAAGUGUCAUAAAUAAUACUUAAUCUGACUCGAUAUCUGAAUUAAAUGCCUUUCAAAAUCCUGCAGCAGCACUAGCAUACUUUGCAACACGUACAGGGAAGUUGGUGGGAAUGUUAAAGGAAAUGGUGGGUCAGAGUGGAGUCUGCAGAUGGCUGAUCAUAUUCACUCACAGAGGGAGCGGUCAGCUGAAGGAUCAUAUGCUGCUCAAAAGGUUAAGUUAACAUGUACAGUGGCAUUGGCCCUGUCGCUUAUAGGCUAGUUACAUUUACCCUUUACAGACAGACUUUACUGUAUGUUCCACAUUCAUGCCAGGAUAAGCCUUUUAAAUAUCCUGUGCACAUGCCAGCAAGUGUGGGAGUAGACGUGGGUGGACGUUUAUUUUAAUAAAUCCAUUAACUAUAUACUAUCGCAAAGAAAUCCAAUAUUAAAUCAUUUCAGGCAGGUCCUAAGAAGCAUAAGACUAAUAAAAUGUAUUUUCAAAAGAAUAGAAUGAUAUAUUUUGAGUUGAAUUAUGUUACUGGUCUGUGCAGCCUGUAUGGCUGCGCCAUGCACAUGAAGUCAAUAAUUUUGUUAAUUAAACAGACGACACACUUAGGCUACCCUGAUCAAAGUCAACACACAUAUAUUAUAGGCUAAGAAUAUAUAAUAAUAAUAAUAUGCCAUUUAGCAGACGCUUUUAUCCAAAGCGAUUUACAGUCAUGCGUGCAUACAUUUUUGUGUAUGGGUGGUCCCGGGGAUCGAACCACUACCUUGGCGUUACAAGCGCCGUGCUCUACCAGUUGAGCUACAGAGGACCACAAUAUAACAGAAUAAAAUGAACAAGUAUUUUUCCCCCCAAAACAUGCGUCACAGCAACGUGUGGAACCGCUGUCAUAUUUAAAAAUAAAAAAUUAAAAAAAGUUAUAUUUUGAUACAGCCAAAGGCAAGCCCAUGCUUUUUAAAAUCCAAAUUUCAUCUUUCCUACCUUUGUUUGGGAGCAGGCAUAGGGUCUUACUUUCAGUGUGUCUUCAUGAUACCAGUGGUGGAAAAAGUACCCAAUUGUCAUACUUGCGUAAAAGUAAAGAUACCUUAAUAGAAAAUGGCUCAAAUGAAAGUCACCCAGUAAAAUACUACUUGAGUAAAAGUCUAAAAAAGUAUUUGGUUUUAAAUAUACUUAAGUAUCAAAAGUAAAUGUAUAAAUCAUUUCACAUUCCUUAUAUUCAGCAAACUGACAGCAAGGGGCACACUCCAACACUCAGACAUAAUUUACAAACGAAGCGUUUGUGUUUAGUGAGUCCGCCAGAUCAGAGGCAGUGGGGAUGAUCAGGGAUGUUCUCUUGAUAAGUGUGUGAAUUUGACCAUUUCCCUGUCCUGUUAAGCAUUCGAAACGUAACAAGUACAUUUGGGUGUCAGGGAAAAUCAAUGGAGUAAAAAGUACAUUAUUUUCUUUAGGAAUGUAGUAGAGUAAAAGUUGUCAAAAAUAUAAAUAGUAAAGUACAGAUACCCCCCAAAAACGACUUAAGUACUUUAAAGUAUUUUUGCUUAAGUACUUUACACCACUGCAUGAUACCGAUAGAAAAUAAUAGCAAUCUAUAUUUUCAAAAGCAUGUGAGUCUCGUGUUCAUAUUUCACAACCUCCACAGGCUUUUGGAGUUGCCUUUACGUGAUCGAGCAUAAAUAAUAGGCCUACACUUGAUUUACUUGAUACUAAAUGUUUCUGAUCAGUGAUAGAUGAUCAAACGAAUAGAUGAGCUUUGCCAUCUCCACAUUUGCCCAGCCAGAGAAUUAACCAAAUAUUCAGAUGGAGAUUCAGUGAAACAAAAUCACAUUGAUUAAGACAAGUCACAGGCUUUUGGUCAGGAGUAAGCCUAGGCUACUAAGUGACUGCAAGUGAAGAGCAAAAUAAUCCACUUGUUAAGCUACGUAAACAUGCAGGCAAAAUGUUCUGAUCAGUGCUAAUAAAUGAGCCAACUAGACAAGAUGACCAUGAGCAGCACUCACUAACAUUUCCACAGCCUAAUUGUGGCCUAGCAAAUAUCAGAACGGAGAUUCAGUGAAAAGAAAAAUCUGACAUUGAUUUAUCUAGAUGAGUCCCUAUGCUUGUUUCAAAGCAGUGUGAAAUGGUGCUGAAAUAGUUGAACACUAUUUUGCUUCAAAUGUAGGCCUACUAUAACAAUUGGAUGACUUUGGGAGGUUCAGUAAGCAACAAUUUGAUUCCUUCAAUUGCAUUAGCUACUUUAUUCCAAUAUUUUAAUCAUUCAGUGGUAUUCAACCCCACAGUAAUUAUUUAUGGACCCAUCCAGUUUUGGUUAAGAAAACAGUGCAUGGGGUGGGCUAUGUGAAGAGAUGGGUGAAUUGACAUGUCUUGCAAAGUUUAGAACUGCCAGGAUGAUAGUAGUAACGGGCGCUGCCUAGCAACCAUCAAGAGUUUGAGAGCGUAGUGUGUGCCAGUGCUGCCUCAGCAUUGCCGCUGCAGUUCAUACUAAGCCGUAGGCAAAACUUUACCCCAGUCAUGACUAGGUCGGUUGUCGGAAAUAAAAGUAGAGGCUUUGUCGCCGGCAAAAAACCUUCAUGUAUAAAGAAAAGUCUGCAAAAAGUUUGCGUGAUACUAAAGUUGGCGCAGAAAUGUCUUGGUUUGAAAGGUGUAUUACACACAGAGCACUAACUAAUCAAUUGUAUAUUUGGGAUGCAAAUUUCGGAACAUUUUGCUGCCAACUAACCGACCCUAAUUAACCGGUCAACAAACGGUCACGUUUUUUCCCAACAGUAAAAUUACGUGACCAACAGAAAAUGCUAUGCAUGCAUACAAGGAAGGGACAUUUUACAUUAAGAGCUUAAUGGAAACAUGCAACAAUAGGAAGCCUAUCAUCUUACAUUCAAAAGGCUAUAGCCUAUUAUGGAACAUGCAACUCCUGUAAUGAAGCAGCUAAUAUACUGAACAAAAAUAUAAACGCAACAUGUAAAGUGUUGGUCCCAUGUUUCAUGAGAUGAAAUAAAAGAACCCAGAAAUGUUCCAUACGCACAAAAAGCUUAUUUCUCUCAAAUGUUGUGCACAAAUUUGUUUACAUCCCUGUUAGUGAGCAUUUCUCCUUUGCCAAGAUAAUCCAUCUGAUAUUUGUCAAGCUGAUGUUGCAGUGCUUUCAUUGUCUGGCAUUCCUCAAACUGAUAUAACUCAGUUAAAGGGAUAGUUUGGGGUUUUGGCAAUGAAGCCCUUUAUCUACUUCCCCAGAGUCAGAUCAGGGCGGCAGGUAGCUUAGUGGUUAAGAGCGUUGUGCCAGUAACCGAAAGGUCGCUGGUUCUAAUCCCCGAGCCGACUAGGUGAAAAAUCUGUCUGUGCCCUUGAGCAAGGCACUUAACCCUAAUUGCUCCUGUAAGUCGCUCUGGAUAAGAGCGUCUGCUAAAUGACAAAAAAAUUAAAAAAUGUAAAUCAACUCGUGGAUGCCAUUUUUAUGUCUCUGCAUCCAGUAUUGAAGAACUAGCUGUUCCCAAGGACUUCCAGUCAUUGCGCUAAUGCUAGUUAGCAAUUGCUGUAUUGGUAGUUAGCGACUUCCUUCAAACUGAACGCAGGCACAUAAAAAUGGUAUCCACAAGUUCUUCUGACUCUGGGGAAGUAGAUAAAGGACUUCAUAGCCACAAUCUGUAACUAUCACUUUAAGAGUAAGUAAGCCUAUAUAUUUUUAUUUAUUUUACUUUUAUUUAUUUUACCUUUAUUUAACUAGGCAAGUCAGUUAAGAACAAAUUCUUAUUUUCAAUGACGGCCUACCCCGGCCAUACCCAGACGACGCCAAUUAUGCGCUGCCGCAUGGAACUCCCAAUCACGGCCGGAUUGUGAUACAGCCUGGAAUCGAACCAGGGUCUGAGAUGCAGUGCCUUAGACCGCUGCGCCACUCGGGAGCGGUAAUAUGUUUACUAUAUGAAGUAUACAAGCCUAUGCGCCACACCACAAAUACCUUUCCGCUGUAGGCAUUGAGGACUUCACACUAUAAAUGGCACAGGCACAGCCAUGUCUCUCAAAUAAUCCAUUCUCUGUAGGAUGCUGUAUUUCUCAAUUCUCACAUGUUGCAUAAUCUCAGAGACUACAUCAAGAUGUAUAGGCCUAUCAUGACAUUGUAUGUUCAUUUGGCCAGCAGUGUUCCCUAGUUCUCCAUAGCCAAAGUUGUCCCCUUAGGGUAUUUUGGUCCAGUGUGAGGCUGAUGAUCAGUGUGUGAUUCCUUUAGGUGUCAGUUCAGUUAUGAGAUGUUUUUCUAUAAUGUUGUGUAAAAGGAAAGCCUGGCAGCGGUUGGCCCAUUGUUAAGGAGGCAGCUGACUCACUAUCACGCCGUCUCUCUCCCAAUAAGAUUACAAUCACACCAUUAUCUGUGUAAAAGAGAUGCUAUUUUCAGGCGUCAGUGUUGUGCUCUCCUCCCUCUUAAUCUAGCUAGCAGUAGCAGCCAAGUAUGUGGCCUUGUGUGUCUGCCUCACGGCAUAGCUGAAAUGACUACAUUUCUCUUUGUUUAGAGUUAUCAGAAACAGAACUUAAUAUUUUUAGGAAGAGAUUUAUUAGGCCUAGUUACUUUCAAGACGCUCUCAGUGGGUGUUUGUUUAAUAUAGUUUUUGUUUUUACUGCUGUAGGCCUAUUUCUUCAAAGAUCACCUUUGUUUUUUAGGUCUGUGAAAGGCUAACACAGCCACUAUCCAUAAUGUUUUGCCACAGUAGCAGUUUUGUGGUUAGAAAGACUCGAAGAGCUGAACACUCCCACCUGUUGAUGUAAAGUAAAAAUGUGUUUUUAUGGGCUAAGACACUGAUUCUAUUAGCUCCAGCACGGUCACUGGGGCUGCUGCUCUUUGUCCCCGCUCUGAUUCCUCUAAAUGAGUCACUUUCCCCUCUCCUACAUCCCUCAGUCAGUGAACUUUCUACCCCAGAUGCUGUGUGGAUUCAGGUUAUCCAUUCUCUGGCUUACAGAUUAGGUGUGGGAUCAGUAGCAGCAUGCACAUUAAGUCAUCACUUUAUUUGCUGGGUGUCCAUUUCUACCAUCAGAUCUGACACUCAGUGUAAAAGCAGUGUACAAGUCUGGAGCAACAAUUGGUACUAUGAAGUGCAUAUUUUCUGAACCACCAUACAAAGCUUUGUUCACUCAGUGGUUUGCAUUGGGCAAAGAAUGUAACAAUCAUGUCCUCCCCCUGAAGUAGAUAGGCAUAAGUCAUUGUGGACUGUUUCAGUAAACCCAAAUGCCACAUGAUCAUCAUGUCACAGAACCGAAAAUAUGAUAAAUAAGUUUGCUCUCACCAAGCUCACUUUCUGUGACUGUAUUGAAUGUUAGAGCAGCCCUACAUAGGCUGAGGUGUGUCUGUCUUUACUCAUGACCUCAGUCCUUCAGGGCAUCCUGUUUACCUCAUAUACCACAGUUAAAGCUGCAAUAUGUAACUUUUUGGGGGUGACACAACCAAAUUCACAUAGAAAUGUAAGUUAUAUAUCUGUCAUUCUCAUUGAAAGCAAGUCUAAGAAGCAGUAGAUUUGUUCAAUGUGCGCUAUUUCUAUGCUUCCUGGUCUUAAGUUUAGUUUUUGCGUCUUUUACGUUUGGCUUUGUACACCAGCUUCAAACAGCUGAAAAAACAAUAUUUUUGGUUAUGGAAAAUAUAUUUCACAGCGGUUUAGAUGGUACAAUGAUUCUCUACACUAUACUUGCUUGUUUUGUGUCACAAAUUGAAAUUAGGCAAACUGUUAGAAUUUUCGCAACCAGGAAAUGGCGGAGCAAUUUCUGCAUAGUGCAUCUUUAAUUACUGUAAUCUAAAAGUAGGCUAACUGCUGCACCCACCAAGUGCCUAUAGGCUUACUAGUUUGUUACAUUUGCAAAAGGAAAGGCUUUCAAUGAUUAUCUCUCUCCCAGGGCUGAGAGAGGUGGAAAUGCAUAGCCUAAACAUCUCAUCUUGUAAGAGUGAAGCCCCUCGGGGACCAGUACGAAAAUGUAUACACUCACUACUGUAAUUCGCAUCUGCUAAAUUACAUAAAUGUAAAUGGCUGGUCAUGUAUUGGCCUCAGAGAGGGCAGGAGUAGUGGGUAGAUGUUGUGCCUUGUCACUGGAAUUUUCUGCUGCAGAACCAUCCCUUUGUCCCCACAUGCAGUUGUUUUUCUCCUGGUCAUAACUGAGUAAGCUAGUCCUUCCUAACAUGUUUAGGACUGACAUGGCAGAAGGGAGAGAAAAUGUAUGCUACUUGUAUGCCAAAUAAUUACCGGUAGCCUAUGGGGAACAAAAAAGCAUACAAACUCUUGGCAUAUGAUGUUCCACAGAACGUUUUUAAACAGGGAUGGCUGACUACAGUACGUGACCUAAAACCUGUUGAAUAUGUACUAAGUUUCCUCUUGAAAGGGUGCCUAAUAUGCUUUAAAUUAGCAUAGUGGUUUACGGCACUUCAGAAACAUUGGGUAUUGUCAUUGUUCAAAUAAACAUUUCCAGAAAGAGGUAGAAUCAUGACAUCCAAUUUCCCUGUAUGUUUUGAUAUAGAUUCAUAUGAAAUCAUAUCAAGAGAAGGAACAAGUGACUGUGUAACUGUGAUGUCAUGGUCGUCAUAUGGUACUUGCAACAGGUUGAAGCUGAAAAUGAUUUGUUGUAGUUGAUGACUUGACUUUACCACAUACUGUAUUGUAGUCAGAUCCAGUAGUUGAGAGAAGACAAGCUCUAUUGUACAUUUUAUGAGGGAGGAAGCAAAACUGAGCGAGAGAAGAGCGGUGGGGGAGGGUGAAUUUGUUUUACACGUGUCCAGUGUUAAAAGUGUAGGCAUAUAAAGCAGUCUUUUUCCACAAGGUGGAAGAAAGAGAUAGAGGGAGCUAGGGUAAACGUGUAGGCUACAUUUACUGCUGGAUGGCCUGACCUGCACACAUACAUGUUGGCAUGAAGUUACAACAUGUUGGCAUGAAUGUGACAAAGGUCCUGUAGCAUGUGUUUAAAGUUAUGAGAUGAUUCACUACUAUACAGUACAUGGUCAUUAUAAAAAUAGGCCUAAAAGAAACUGUACAGGAUUCCAGCAUCUGGUCCUUCUCCUGCAUCUACAGAAUUCCACUUCAGAAUCUGUACAUGGUUGAUGGAGGCACCAAUGGUCUACAGUGUCUACAAUGGUCUUUGUUUCUACCCAGGGGUGUAUCCGUGUGUGAGAGAAUGAAGAACUUGUUAUCUACAGGGUUGUGUUUGAUGGUGUCAGUCAGAUCAGAUUGAAGUCAGUUAAGAUUAAACUGUUUUGUCCGCUAUUAGAACCUAGAUUCUUGUGAAUGGCGGAACUGGCAAGUUGUAUUUUCUUUCUAUAUGAGAAGUAAGUAAACUAUCAUAUGUGUUGAGGAAUCUUUCUGAUCCACUUUUAUGAACAGCACAUGUAUUGUGUAAUAAUUACCCUUUUCUCUCCCACUCUCUGUGCAGAUGGUCAGUGAGAAGGUUGGCGGUGCAGAGGGAACGAAACUGGAUGAAGACUUCAAAGAUUUGGAAAGGGUAUAAUGUCUCUGACUGUACAUUUAAAGACCAGUACCUGAAGUAGGCUAGUUACUAGUUAGUUAGAAUUCAAUAUAUUAGGCCUAUCCAGAGCCAUAUAUAUAAAGAGUUGGGCCAUUGCGGUUUCUGUCUGAAUGUUCAGAGAACGGCACUUUCUCCUCCAUAGCCGUUAAGUGAUAAUUGACGCUUCAGCGCUAUGCUGUUUAUUUCUGAUAGUUUUCAAAACCUAUGAAGAUGUCCUGUCAAAGCAGAUAUGCAAUUUGUUGACACCACAACACAGUACAGACUGUUCUGAUUUGCUUGUUUACAGAGGGUCCUUUCAUAGGGAAUUGUCUGAGUCGUUCUCGUGUUGUUACAUCACCAACAUUUGGAGAAUAAAGCUGCUGACAUGGCAUCCGCAACUCUAGGGUCAUAUACAUAACAUUGGCAGUAGAAUGGCCCGUACUGAAGAGCUCAGUGACUUUCAACAUGGCACGGUCAUAGGAUGCCACCUUUCCAACAAGUCAGUUCGUCAAAUGUCUGUCCUACUAGAGCUGCCCCUGGUCAACUGUAAGUGCUGUUAUUGUGAAGUGAAAACGUCUAGGAGCAACAACGGCUCAGCCACGAAGUGGUAGGCCACACAAACUCACAGAAUGGGACCGGCGAGUGCUGAAGCGCAUGGUGCAUAAAAAUCAUCUGUCCUCGGUUGCAACACUCACUACCGAGUUCCAAAGUGCCGCCAUUGGACUCUGGAGCAGUGGAAACGCGUUCUCUGGAGUGAUGAAUCACACUUCAUCAUCUGGCAGUCCGACGGAUGAAUCUGGGUUUGGCGGAUGCCAGGGGAACGCUACCUGCCCCAAUGCAUAGUGCCAACUGUAAAGUUUGGUGGAGGAGGAAUAAUGGUCUGGGGCUAUUUUUCAUGGUUCUGGCUAGGCCCCUUAGUUCCAGUGAAGGGAAAUCUUAAAGCUACAGCAUACAAUGACAUUCUAGAUGAUUCUGUGCUUCCAACUUUGUGGCAACAGUUUGGGGAAGGCCCUUUCCUGUUUCAGCAUGACAAUGCCCCUGUGCAUAAAGCGAGGUCCAUACAGAAAUGGUUUGUCGAGAUCGGUGUGGAAGAACUUGACUGGCCUGCACAGAGCCCUGACCUCAACCCAAUCAAACACCUUUUGGAUGAAUUGGAACGGCGACUGCGAGCCUAAUCGACCAACAUCAGUGCCCGACUUCACUAAUGCUCUUGUGGCUGAAUGGAAGCAAGUCCCUGCAGCAAUGUUCCAACAUCUAGUGGAAAGCCUUCCCAGAAGAGUGGAGGCUGUUAUUGCAGCAAAGAGGGGACCAACUCCAUAUUAAUGCCCAUGGUUUUGGAAUGAGAUGUUUGACGAGCAGGUGUCCACAUACUUUUGGUCAUGUAGUGUAUGUAAAUUGACUCUAGGCUAAUCCAUUAGCCAAAUCUAUUUACAGGUGUACAGAAUGGCAUCAGGACAUAGGACAUAGGCUAAUAUGUUAACACAGUGUUUCCCAAACUCGGUCCUCGGGAACCCAAGGGGUGGUUUUUGCCCUCGCACUGCACAGCUGAUUCAAAUAAUCAACUAAUCAUCAAGCUUUGAUGUGUCAGUCAGCUGUGUAGCGUUAGGGCAAAAACCAAAACGUGCACCGCUUGGGGUCCCGAGGACCGAGUUUGGGAAAUGCUGCGUUAACACCAGACACACAUGACAUGGCACAGAAACACAUAUAGCUGAACACAACAGUGCAUUAAUAGAAUAACAGUAUAACAUAAUGCAGUGGUGAUAAUACAGCCACAUUCACAAAACCUUACUAGAACAUGGGUUAGAUUCUAGACAACCAUGCACUAGAAGGUGUUACAUCAUGUGUAGCUGUAGACUGAAGUGCAGGCAACUCUUAGUGAGCAGACUCAGUUUGCAUGCUGUAUACAGUAUGUCAGUAUAGUAUUCAUGUGGUAGCCCUGUGUAUAGAUACAUGUUAUACAUAGAGAGAGUGGUAGAUUGGCAGAGCACCUGCCUUUGCUGCUCCAGCCAACUGUCAUGGAGAGCUCCAGCAAUCAACAGCCAAAGCCUUCACUUACACACCUUCAGUGAAUUAACAUAAUUGGUUGUUUCACAAAGUAAUUUUCAUUUAACAGUACAAUAUAGUAGUGACAAUUUUUCAUUACCUUUUUCAUAGCCUAUUUGGAAACUAUUCUCAUCACAAAGAAAGGAUUUGGAAGAUGGGGAAGACGUGUCGUGUCCAAAAUCUGGCUUGCCUACUACUUACUUAUACUGAAUACUGUGUGCUAAUUGUACUACAUACUAUUUAGAACAUACUAUAUAGUAAAAACAUAUGUAGUGAUCAACAAAUAUCCACAUACUACUCAAACAUACUGAGAAGGCUUCAUCUAAUGUGCAAUCGCACUUCUUCCCUGCCAUUCGUUACUUUUUGUAGAGCACGUGCGCUUCCCAUAUUCAGAUGAUCAGCUAUUGUCAAACACGUGAAAGACGAUUAUUUUCCUUAAUAGUGUGCAGCGAAUUCUACUAGAUGAAAAGCCUAAAUUAGUAUCCUUGCGUUUUAAAGCAUACUCAAUUUGCGAAAUUUCACAUACUAUAAAACAUUCUUUUUUCACAUACCAAAAAUGCCUACUAUUUAGAACGCAAGUACGGGUGUUCGGACACAGCCAUGGUGUUUCAUAUUUCCUUGUGGUUGUAAGUGACGUCCCCUCCCCUGUGUUUUGUAGAAAGUAGAUGUGACCAGCAAAGCUGUGGUGGAGGUAAUCUCCAAAACAUCUGAGUACCUACAGCCCAACCCAGGUGAGACUACACACCAGGAAGAGACUGCAUUAGUGUCUUAUUUAGAACUCCAAUUGAAAUUAAUAUUAAUUGUGUUAUGGUGUAAAAUGCCUUUUGUGUUAAAUCACAGAUAUAGGACUUGUGUUCAAGCUAUAAGUACCACCUCUACAUCCGACUAUUCCUCCAUCAAUCAUUUUCUCUGUGUCCCUCUCCUCCAUUCCCUCUCUCAGCGUCGCGGGCGAAGCUGUCUAUGUUGAACACCAUGUCUAAGAUCAGAGGCCAGGUGAAGAACCCAGGCUAUCCCCAGGCUGAGGGCCUGCUAGGAGAGUGUAUGGUCAAGUACGGCCGGGACCUAGGGGAGGAAACCAACUUCGGUACGUUGUGUGUGGUGUGUCUCUGUCUGUCUGUCUGCAGCGAUGGCACCAGUUAUGUGGAGUGUUGUUUUUAAUUCGUACAUGUGACUAAGCUUCUGCUCUUGCUCUGUGUCAGGUGGGGCUCUAGUAGAUGCAGGGGAGACCAUGAAGAGGCUGGCGGAGGUGAAGGACUCUCUAGACAUAGACGUUAAACAGAACUUCAUUGAUCCAUUACAAAACCUGUGUGACAAGGACCUCAGAGAGAUACAGGUACUGUAUCACAUUACACACUUGUCCAUCUGCUGCAGAAACUCAACAUCUUUGUCAUCUCUAGAAUUUACAUCCCCCAUCCCUCUCCUCAUCUACCCAUCUCUUCUCCCCUCCUCCUCUCCCCCCUCCUCUCCAUCUCAUCCUCUCCUCCCGUCCCCCAGCACCAUCUGAAGAAGCUGGAGGGAAGGCGUCUGGACUAUGACUAUAAGAAGAAGCGCCAAGGGAAGAUCCCAGACGAGGAGCUGAGACAGGCCCUGGAGAAGUUCCACGAGUCUAAAGAGGUGGCCGAGACCAGCAUGUACAACAUACUGGAGACUGACGUGAGUAGUACCUGUCUGUGGGUGGGGGUGUGGUCCUGUCCCCUGAUAACAUUCAUAAUGUCAAUGGGAACACCCAGCUUAUCAUCAACCUUCAUGUUUAUGGUUUCAUUAUCAGUAUUGUUGCUCUGGGAAAGAGACCAGGGCAAUCAGUGCCACCUCAAGGUAAUUUGUUCAGUAAACUUGGCUGGUUAAAUCUACACUUCUCCACCAUAACAAGAGUGUCACCUGCAGCAUGAACCAACUUAGGUCAACAUGAAAUAUCAUCCUAUGUACAAUCUUAAUCAGCUGAGCAGCUCCAUAGCCUAUGUUUACUAUGGUUAGCCUGCCCUCCCUUGAGGAUGUAUGUAAAUACAGUACUGCUUUCACUCACACCAUUAAACAGAUUAUAUAUUAACCACAAUGUGAUACUGGGUAUUCAGGGGAAUGCCACUGUUACUCUUGUGUAUCAAGGUAACCAUGGGUUUGGUCCUUGUGCAUGCUCGUAUCUCGGUUUGUGUUCGAGUGUGUACUAGGGAUGUGGCAAAUGGGGGAAAAAAUCGUAAAGUUUUAAUCUUUACAUAUAGCCUACUAAAUAAUAUAUGUAUGACAUUUUUAUUUAUUUAGAAUGGACCAUUAUCAUGCACCUAUCUCGAAACAGGGGCAGGGGAAAAAAUACAUGUAAUAUAUGCACUUAAAUAGCGAAUGGAGGACCGCUUUUUCCGUGGUUCAUUUUCAUGCCAGCCAGGUAUGCUAUACUCCUGUUGUAAAGAGAAGCAAUGUGCUUAAUAUUAGGAAAGUUGAGAAAUAAAUAUAGUAGGCCUAGCCUAUAGAAAGCUGAUGUGAUCCUCCUCUUUUUAAGAGGCCAUCACUCUGUUUUCUCACGCAAUUGCAUAGCCUAUAGAAAUGUUGCACAACAUGAGCUCAUGGGCUCUCAUUAAGUGUUUGAUUAGAUUUAGUCCCCUGUAGCUCAGUUGGUAGAGCAUGCCACUUGCAACGCCAGGGUUGUGGGUUUGUUUCCCACGGGGGGCCAGUAUGAAAAUGUAUGCCUCACUAACUGUAAGUCGCUCUGGAUAAGAGCAUCUGCUAAAUGACUAAAAUGUAACAUUUUCGAUUACAUUUGCAUUGAUGUCAGUGAUUAGAGGGACAAUAGAGUGCUGAGUACCAGGCAGUUAGCACGUUUGAUAGGCAACUAAUGACCAUCAGCAGCAUCAGAGCUUGGAGAAGGCUAAUUACCGUGACUAAAUGGUCACGUGGAAUUUGACUGCCUUCAUGACACCCGGUGUGGCGGUAAUACGGUCACUGCAACAGCCCUAGUCAAGACUCAGUAUUUUUGGAACGGAGGAGACUGAUUAGUUGCCGUACUUCCGAGAACAUUAAAAAAAAAGCGUAUUUCAUAGCGAGCUAGCAAGGGACAGAGAGAGAGGGGUGGGGCAUAGUAUAGGCAAGUUGGCCUACAGGCAGACAGUCAGAACCGUGCAUUAGGCCUUUCUAUCGGCAAUCAAAAGCUGGAUCUCGCAAUGGAAUGCUGGAUCUUGCAAUUUCUUGACUUGCAAUGUCUCACAACUUCAGUAAAGCAGGGCCUAUCAUCAAUGGAUAGGCUAGGAUAUUGAGAUGAGAAAAACUUCGCUCUCACACAGUCACACACAGUAUCUGCGCAUGUACAACGGUUCACUUAACGCUAUUCACAGCGUGUUAGCUAGGGCACCAAAACAGUGGCGAAGUUGAGCCUCACGCUUAAACACUCUUAAAGUGGAACUGACAUUGUUUUAGUAACAUGAAAUCUGUUGAUAUACACCCCCAGGAAGAAUCACACUUUCUUUCUUUUUUUUGGACAAACAAGCACUUAGAUAUGGUCAUUUUCACGUUUUCAGAAAUUAUGUUUGGGAAUGUAGGGAAUGUUUGGGAAUGACGUAUACUAAGGCAUUGGUGAAAAUUCUAUAGAAAUAUAUAGUGGCAAAGCGGCCGUGCUUUUGGACAAUUAAUAGAUACUGCAGUCUCGUCCAGGACCGGAGUUUACGCAGAGCGGUGCGCCAUAGCCAAUCAGAGCUACGGUAUGCCUUUAUGCAAAUAUGCCAUUUGCCCCACUGGCUUGCCAUCAUUCAUUCACUUUGAACUGGACUGUGUGUUUACAGGCAGGAGCAACAGCGCGACUUUAGAUCAUUAGAACGUAUUCGCCAAAAGCCACAAAAUACACCUGAAUGGAUUUCUGCAAAUAUGUAAAUACCACGGGAGUCCUCUUACAUUUGAGAACUUUAGUCGUAUUGAUCAAACAACCAUGAAAAGGUAGGCUAUCUCUCCCUCAGUUAUGCACAUCAGCAACAACAAGAUCAACAACUAAUGCUAGUCAGAGCGAGAUGAGCUCAAAUCUAACAAGGGAACAUUAGAUAAACUCUCAAACUUUGCACUGAUAAAAGAUGUGGAAUAGUAGCCUGCUCAUCCUUCUGCAGCUUGCCUGCCAAUGCAUGCUUGUCCCAAACCACGUUUUGACAACUGAAUGGGAACUUGCCUGUCCGCCCAUUUGAUCAAUACCAAAUACAUUUGAUUGACAACCUAAGGGUGCGUUCAUAAAUUGCCUCCAGUAUGUCAGAGUGAGUAAAUUCAGAGCUUUGUCAGAUUGUCUGUUCGUAAAUUCAGAGCAUUUCGCUCUCCUAGCAUUCAGAGCGUACACUGCACGAUUGACACUGGACGCUCUGGCCGAGGAGUAGGGUUGAUCCGUGUGUUCCUCACAACGGCAGUCAAGCACCCAAGCUAACUGGCUAAAGUAGUCUAGCUUGCUGGCUACUUCCAGACACAAAUGAGGGAAGUCCUCACUCUGACCAUUUUACUCACCUUAGCAGAGCUGGUUAGGCUGUUUACGUGUUAUCUAGAGCGUUUGUGACUAACUUUUUUUGGCUACGUUUACUGACACCGGUCAUAUUCAGCGGGUGUUGCGCGUUGAUAAAUUCAUCAGUUAUUCUGCGUACUGGCACACUCAGACGAGAGUGCUCUGAAAUUGGAGUAGAUAGCCAGAGUGAAUUUAUGAACACAAGAGAUAUGCUAACUGGAUAAGUUGUUCGAGUUCAGCAUAGCUAGCAAAGCAAUUCACAUUUUUUGCUAGCUAACCAAAUGACACCUGCAUCUCUAGCAGUACAUCCCGAAUGGAGGCAGCAAACAAUGUACCAGGCCAGCUGUGAUUUACAACCUGAUAACAAUAUUUUUUGAACUACCAAGAAAUGUAUUGUUGAAUUAUAUUCAUCAUGCAUUGAACAGCAUCCAUCUAUUCUGCCAACAAUGCCUUACUGUAUAAAUAUAACCUAUUUCUAAAGACCUCUUUCAUAAAGUUGGUUUUGUAGCACAACUGGAAUUUGAGAUUUUUGACUGAUAUUAUGAUUGUCUGUUUGUUUCAUAUCUGCAAAGUAGUUAAAACGCUGUCAGUUCCACUUUAAGGCACCAGCAUGCUUCCCAACCGGAACGGUUGUGCAACAUUUUGUCAAGGGUUUUAUUCAGCUGUUCGUGCACACUAUAUGUUUUCUUGAGGCAAGCCGAAGUCGAUAGUCGGAGUCUACGGCCCUUCGUCGGUGAUUGAUCAACAGUAGCGAUUCUUCAAUUAAGUGUUUGUCAUUCAACGAGAGACGAAUCGUUUUCAUGCACAUUUUUUUACUUGAGAAAUACUGAACCAAACAUCUUAGUUAGAUGUAAAAUUGCCUGACUAAGAUGUCCUCAGCAAAAACGUCAAAUUAAAUGACAGAUUCUUGAGUUAUCAUAGUCCCCUGUAGCUCAGUUGGUAGAGCAUGGCGCUUGCAACGCCAGGGUUGUGGGUUCGUUUCCCACGGGGGGCCAGUAUGAAAAUGUAUGCACUCACUAACUGUAUGUCGCUCUGGAUAAGAGCAUCUGCUAAAUGAUGUAAAUGUAAUUAAUUCUGACUAUUUUGUGGAAGUGUAUACUGGCUACAGCAUCUCAAGAUGGACAAACAGUACUAUUGCCAUUUAUAUAUUUUUCAAGCAAAGGUCUUUUUAAGGGAGCAUGCGAACACACUCGUUCGAUUCGCCUAGCCGACUCGGCUAUGCGCCAGCCAAACCGAAACAUGCACAAGGCUUUAGUUGUUUGGGAAAUUGACCCACUAUGCUGUUUACUUUAUGCAUCGACGAUAUCGCUGUCUACCUUUAAAUUACACAACUUUCCCCAGGCCUUUAUAACCUAUCAUCUAGUUAUAACACUGAAAAUAAUAUGUUUUGUGAUAACUGCACUGUGAUUUUAAUUUAGUGAAAGAUAAAACGAGAAAAAAAUAACAUUGAUCUUCGGUUAGGUAUUUUUCUUAACGUUAAGGAUCCCAAUUUCGUUUAAACGUUCACACCCCUAGUGUGUACAGUAAGUAACCAUAUCCUGCUCUUUGUGUGUCUCUGUGCAGAUAGAGCAGGUGAGCCAGCUGUCGUCUCUAGUGGAGUCCCAGCUGCAGUACCACAGACAGGCCACACAGAUCCUGGACGAGCUCUCAGACAAACUCAGGGACAGGUAGGUACACACGUGUCUCUACUUCCACUGCCCAUCAUUCCUGUACAGUCACUUCAAGCUUAUGUGUGCGGUGUCAUGAUACAGAUACUGUAGGCCCACUCACUAAUCCCAGCCCCGUGCCGAGCCCCGUGCCCUGCCCAGCCCAGCCCCCUCAUACUGCCUAGUCUAGUCACAACAGCCCAUCGCCAUAAUCUGUGUCAAUGUGUUCUUCUGUGGAUCUGCAUGGUCUCAUCCAAGGCCCUUAAUCACAGACACACUGGUUGACCCAGGGGUUUAACUGUUAGCUGUAAAAUAUAUCAGGAGCGUCAAGAUAGCCAUUCCCUUAGUUUCUUUUAGAAUAUUGUUAUUAUGAAUGAUGUAUAUUUGAGUACCCUUUCUAAUAUUGAUUCUACUGAUAACGGAGAUGAACUGUAGUCUGUGGAUCUGCCAGGCGGCUUGAACUAUCUUUCUUCUCUUCAGGAUGAACGAGGCCCAGAACCGUCCACGUCGCGAGUACACGCCUAAGCCCAAACCCAUCUUUGACUUUGACAGCGACAACCAAUCAACCAAUGGUGGCUAUACAACUGCAGUUGGCCCACCACCCUUCCGCAACUCUGGUAAGACAGUUGCACAUGCUACCUACUGUGUAUAUCAGCUCAUCGAAAAGGAAUUUCUUUCAAAUAUUUCACUACUGCAGAUUUUGAGAUUCGCUCCCAUACUUUGGAGGGUGGUAUGAACGUGUGUGUCUGUCAUAGGAUGAGUUGGUUGUCAGUGUGUGUGUGCGCGUGCGUGUGUGUGUAUGUGUGAGCAUGCACAUGUGAGUGAGAGAGGGGGAAUGAACAGGAGGGGGUGCAGGCAGCUGUCAGCUGGUUGCCCUCUUCUCCUGUUGACCUUGUUCCUCUCUUCCUGUGACGUCAUCAGAGUCACCCUUCCUCCACGCCAGAUUGUCAUUCCGGAAAACCAGACGUGAGUCAGACAGUGAGAGUGUGUUUGUUGGUCAGAGAGAUGGCAGCCGAGCUACUUUUGUGAAAUGGUAGAUGCAAUCCUAUCAGUGAACUACAUGUGUCAAAUCAAAAAGCUCUAGAAUGUAAGUUCUGUGAUUGAAAUAAUCCAUUACUUUGUACACAAGAUAUUUGAGAAACAGGUAAUUUUAUGAACUCAUUCAUUUGAUUGGGUUCUUCAUUGGGUUUGGUUGUUUCUCUGGUUGAAAUGUUUACCAGCUAUUUUUAGAUACAAAGCCUAGAGCUUUUUGAUUGACAGUUUAAUGACCUGCACUGAAUGCGGUGGCACUGACUGCCUCUGAAAUGGCUCACACACAAACACAUGCUGGUGUACCACCUCAGGCCAUAGUCCUGUCACUACAGCCAUUGGACUGAACCCACUUUCAGUUCAAUCAUUAAAAGUCCUGUAUAGAAAGCUGGUGUAACUAACCUUAUUCAGGUCUCCACUAGAUUCACCAUCAUCAACCAGGUGAAUAAAUGGGUUGAAUAAUGAUAUAGUAGUGAUAUCAGGCCAAGUACAGUGGGGAAAAAAAGUAUUUAAUCAGCCACCAAUUGUGCAAGUUCUCCCACUUAAAAAGAUGAGAGAGGCCUGUAAUUUUCAUCAUAGGUACACGUCAACUAUGACAGACAAAUUGAGAAAUAAAAAUCCUGAAAAUCACAUUGUAGGAUUUUUAAUGAAUUUAUUUGCAAAUUGUGGUGGAAAAUAAGUAUUUGGUCACCUACAAACAAGCAAGAUUUCUGGCUCUCACAGACCUGUAACUUCUUCUUUAAGAGGCUCCUCUGUCCUCCACUCGUUACCUGUAUUAAUGGCACCUGUUUGAACUUGUUAUCAGUAUAAAAGACACCUGUCCACAACCUCAAACAGUCACACUCCAAACUCCACUAUGGCCAAGACCAAAGAGCUGACAAAGGACACCAGAAACAAAAUUGUAGACCUGCACCAGGCUGGGAAGACUGCAUCUGCAAUAGGUAAGCAGCUUGGUUUGAAGAAAUCAACUGUGGAAGCAAUUAUUAGGAAAUGGAAGACAUACAAGACCACUGAUAAUCUCCCUCGAUCUGGGGCUCCACGCAAGAUCUCACCCCGUGGGGUCAAAAUGAUCACAAGAAUGGUGAGCAAAAAUCCCUGAACCACACGGGGGGACCUAGUGAAUGACCUGCAGAGAGCUGGGACCAAAGUAACAAAGCCUACCAUCAGUAACACACUACGCCGCCAGGGACUCAAAUCCUGCAGUGCAGACGUGUCCCCCUGCUUAAGCCAGUACAUGUCCAGGCCCGUCUGAAGUUUGCUAGAGUGCAUUUGGAUGAUCCAGAAGAGGAUUGGGAGAAUGUCAUAUGUCAUAUGGUCAGAUGAAACCAAAAUAGAACUUGUCGUGUUUGGAGGACAAAGAAUGCUGAGUUGCAUCCAAAGAACACCAUACCUACUGUGAAGCAUGGGGGUGGAAACAUCAUGCUUUGGGGCUGUUUUUCUGCAAAGGGACCAGGACGACUGAUCCGUGUAAAGGAAAGAAUGAAUGGGGCCAUGUAUCAUGUGAUUUUGAGUGAAAACCUCCUUCCAUCAGCAAGGGCAUUGAAGAUGAAACGUGGCUGGGUCUUUCAGCAUGACAAUGAUCCCAAACACACCGCCCGGGCAACGAAGGAGUGGCUUUGUAAGAAGCAUUUCAAGGUCCUGGAGUGGCCUAGCCAGUCUCCAGAUCUCAACACCAUAGAAAAUCUUUGGAGGGAGUUGAAAGUCCGUGUUGCCCAGCGACAGCCCCAAAACAUCACUGCUCUAGAGGAGAUCUGCAUGGAGGAAUGGGCCAAAAUACCAGCAACAGUGUGUGAAAACCUUGUGAAGACUUACAGAAAACGUUUGACCUGUGUCAUUGCCAACAAAGGGUAUAUAACAAAGUAUUGAGAAACUUUUGUUAUUGACCAAAUACUUAUUUUCCACCAUAAUUUGCAAAUAAAUUCAUAAAAGAUCCUACAAUGUGAUUUUCUGGAUUUUUUUUCCUCAUUUUGUCUGUCAUAGUUGACGUGUACCUAUGAUGAAAAUUACAGGCCUCUCUCAUCUUUUUAAGUGGGAGAACUUGCACAAUUGGUGGCUGACUAAAUACUUUUUUUCCCCACUGUAUGUCCAAAUAGUAACAACAACAACAAAAUCUAUACGUAUUGACUCAAGACAUUUCAGCUUUUACUUUUUAAUUGAUUUGUAAACAUUUAGAAAAACGUAAUUCCACUUUGACAUUGUAUGCAGUGACAAAAAAAUCAACAUUUAGAUUUUAGACUUCAUUUUCCACAUUUUGUUGUGUUACAGCCUGAAUUUAAAAUGUAUUGCAUUUAGAUUUUUUUGUCACUGUUCUACAUACAAUACCCCAUAAUGUCAAAGUGGAAUUGUGUUUUUCGACAUUUUUACAAAUCAAUUAAAAGCUGAAAUGUCUUGAGUCAAUACGUAUUCAACCCCUUUGUUAUGGCAAGCCUAAAUAAGUUCAGGUGUAAAAAUUUGCUUAACAAGUCACAAGUUGCAUGGACUCACUCUGUUUGCAAUGAUAGUGUUAAACAUAAUUUUUUUAUGACUACCUCAUCUCUGUACCCCACACAUACAAUUAUCUGCAAGGUCCCUCAGUCGAACAGUGAAUUUCAAACACAGAUUCAACCACAAAGACCAGGGAGGUUUUCCAAUGCCUCGCAAAGAAGGGCACGUAUUGGUAGAUGUGAUCCUGUUUGCAACAAGGUACUAAAGUAAUACUGCAAAAAAUGUGGCAAAGCAAUUAACUUUUUGUCCUGAAUACAAAGUGUUAUGUUUGGGGCAAAUCCAAUGCAACAAAUUACUGAGUACCACUCUCCAUAUUUUCAAGCAUGGUGGUGGCUGCAUCAUGUUAUGGGUAUGCUUGUAAUCGUUAAGGACUGGGGAGUUUUUCAGGAUAAAAAAUAAACGUAAUGGAGCUAAGCACAUUUGCAAAAAUGUCUAAAAACAUGUUUUCACUUUGCCAUUAUCGGUAUUGUGUGUAGAUGGGGGGGGGGGGGGGGGGAUUUAACUAUGAAAUAACACAUAUGGAAUCAUGUAGUAACCCAAAGAGUGUUAAACAAAUGAAAAUAUAUUUUAUAUUUGAGAUUCUUCAAAUAGCCAUCCUUUGCCUUUAUGACAGCGUUGCACACUCUUGGCAUUAUCUCAACCAACUUCAUGAGGUAGUCACCUGGAAUGCAUUUCAAUUAACAGGUGUGCCUUGUUAAAAGUUAAUUUGUGGAAUUUCUUUCCUUCUUAAUGCGUGUGAGCCAAUCAGUUGUGUUGUGACAAGGUAGGGUGGGUAUACAGAAGAUAGCCCUAUUUGGUAAAAGACCAAGUCCAUAUUAUGGCAAGAACAGCGCAAAUAAGCAAAGAGAAACGACAGUCCAUCAUUACUUUAAGACAUGAAGGUCCGUCAAUACGGAACAUUUCAAGAACUUUGAAAGUUUCUUCAAGUGCAGUCGCAAAAACCAUCAAGCGCUAUGAUGAAACUGGCUCUCAUGAAGACCACCACAGGAAUGGAAGACCCAGAGUUACCUCUGCUGCAGAGGAUAAGUUCAUUAGAGUUACCAGCCUCAGAAAUUUCUGCCCAAAUAAAUGCUUCACAGAGUUCAAGUAACAGACACAUCUCAACAUCAACUGUUCAGAGGGGACUUUGUGAAUCAGGCCUUCGUAGUCGAAUUGCGGCAAAGAAACCACUACUAAAGGACACCAAUAAUAAGAAGAGACCUGCUUGGGCCAAGAAACACAAGCAAUGGACAUCAGACUGGUGGAAAUUUGUCCUUUGGUCUGGAGUCCAAAUUUGAGAUUUUUGGUUCAAACCGCCGUGUCUUUGUGAGACGCGGUGUGGGUGAACGGAUGAUCUCCGCAUGUGUAGUUCCCACCGUAAAGCAUGGAGGAGGAGGUGUUAUGGUGUGGGGGUGCUUUGCUGGUGACACUGUCUGAUUUAUGUAGAAUUCAAGGCACACUUAACCAGCAUGGCUACUGCAGCAUUCUGCAGCAAUAUGCCACCCCAGCUGGUUUGGGCUUAGUGGGACUAUCAUUUGUUUUUCAACAGGACAAUGACCCAACACACCUCCAGGCUGUAUAAGGGCUAUUUGACCAAGAAGGAGAGUGAUGGAGUGCUGCAUCAGAUGACCUGGCCUCCACAAUCCCCCGACCUCAACCUAAUUGAGAUGGUUUGGGAUGAGUCAGAGUGAAGGAAAAUCAGCCAACAAGUGCUCAGCAUAUGUUGGAACUCCUUCAAGCCUGUUGGAAAAGCAUUCCAGGUGAUUUCUGGUUGAGAGAAUGCCAAGAGUGUGCAAAGCUGUCAUCAAGGCAAAUGGUGGCUAUUUGAAGAAUCUCAACUAUAAAAUAUAUUUUGAUUUGUUUAACACUUUUUUGGUUACUACAUGAUUCCAUAUGUGUUAUUUCAUAGUUUUGAUGUCUUCACUAUUAUUCUACAAUGUAAAAAAUAAAGAAAAACCCUUGAAUGAGUAAGUACAGUGUUUUCGGGAAGUAUUCAGACCCCUUCACUCUUUCCACAUUUUGUUACGUUACAGCCUUAUUCUAAAAUUGAUUAAAUUGUUUUUUUCCCCUCAUCAAUCUACACACAAUACCCCAUAAUGACAAAGCAAAAACUGGUUUUCGGAAAUGUUUGCAAGUGUAUACAAACCCCCCCCCCCCCCCCCCCACCCGGAAAUAUCACAUUUAAAAGUUUUCAGACCCUUUAACUCAAUACUUUGUUGAAGCACCUUUGGCAGCAAUUACAGCCUCAAGUCUUCUUGGGUAUGACGCUACAAGCUUGGCACACCUGGAUUUGGGAAGUUACUCCCAUUCUUCUCUGCAGAUCCUCUCAAGCUCUGUCAGGUUCGAUGGGGAGCGUUUCUGCACAGCUAUUUUCAGGUCUCUCCAGAGAUGUUCAAACGGGUUCAAGUCCAGGCUCUGGCUGGGCCACUCAAGUACAUUCAGAGACUUGUCCCGAAGCCACUCAUGUGUUGUCUUGGCUGUGUGCUUAGGGUCGUAGUCCUGUUGGAAGGUGAACCUUCGCCCCCAGUCUGAGGUCCUGAGCGCUCUUGAGCAGGUUUUCAUCAAGGAUCUCUCUGUAAUUUGCUCCGUUCAUCUUUGCCUCGAUCUUGACUUGUCUCCCAGUCCCUGCCGCUGAAAAACAUCCCAACAGCAUGAUGCUGCCACCACCAUGCUUCACCGUAGGGAUGGUGCCAGGUUUCCUCCAGAAUUGAUGCUUGGCAUACAGGCCAAAGAGUUCAAUCUUGGUUUCAUCAGACCAGAGAAUCUCUUUUCUCAUGGUCUAAGAGUUGCCUUUUGGCAAACUCCAAGCGGGCUUUCAUGUGCCUUUUACUGAGGAGUGGCUUCCGUCUGGCCUCUCCUACCAUAAAGGCCUAAUUGGUGGAGAGCUGCAGAGAUUGUUGUGCUUCUGGAAGGUUAUCCCAUCUCCACAGAGGGACUCUAGAGCUCUGUUAGUGACCAUCAGGUUCUUAGUCACCUCCCUGACCAAGGCCCUUCUCCCCCGAUUGCUCAGUUUGGCCGGGCGGCCAGCUCUAGGAAGAGUCUUGGUGGUUCCAAACUUCUUCCAUUUAAGAAUGACGGAGGCCACUGUGAUCUUGGUGACCUUCGAUGUUGCAGAAUUGUUUUGGUACCCUUCCCCAGAUCUGUGCCUGGACACAAUCCUGUCUCGGAGCUCUACUGACAAUUCCUUCGACCUCAUGGCUUGGUUUUUGCCAUGACAUGCACUGUCAACUGUGGGACCUUAUAUAGACAGGUGUGUGCCUUUUUCAAAUAAUGUCCAAUCAAUUGAAUUUACCCCAGGUGGACUCCAAUCAAGUAGUAGAAACAUCUCAAGGAUGAUCAAUGGAAACAGGAUGCACCUGAGCUCAAUUUCGAGUCUCAUAGCAAAGGGUCUGAAUACUUUUAUGUAAAUAAGGUAUUUGUUUUAUUUUUAAUACAUUUGCUAAGAUUUCUAAAAACCUGUUUUUGCUUUGUCAUUAUGGGGUAUUGUGUGUAGAUUGCUGAGGAAAUUGUUUUAUUUAAUCCAUUUUAGAAUAAGGCUCUAAUGUAAAAAAAAAAUGGAAAAAGUCAAGGGGUCUGAAUACUUUCCGAAGGCACUGUAUGUACCCAUAAAACAUUGUGAUAUACGAUGCAAUCAAUCAAUCAAUCACAUUUAUUUAUAAAUCCCUUUUUACAUCAGCAGAUGUCACAAAGUGCUAUACAGAAACCCAUCCUAAAACCCCAAUCAGCAAGCAAUGCAGAUGUAGAAGCACGGUGGCUAGGAAAAACUCCCUAGAAAGGCAGAAACCUAGAGAGGAACCAGGCUCUGAGGGGUCCCCUUCUGGCUGUGCUGGGUGGAGAUUAUAACAGUAGAUGGCCAUUAAGGACAGAUUUUUCUCCAAGAUGUUCAAACGUUCAAGAUGACCAGCAGGGUCAAAUAAUAAUCACAGUGGUUGUAGAGGUACUGACCUGUUGCAACAUCAGUAGUAAAUGUCACUUGGCUUUUCAUAGCCGGGCAUUUAGAGGUUGAAAUAGCAGGUGCGGUAGAGAGAGACAGGGUUGAAAACAUCAAGUCUGGGACAAGGUAGCACGUCCGGUGAACAGGUCAGGGUUCCAUAGCCGCAGGCAAAAGAGUUGAAACUAUCGCCCCUAUUGUCCACCAUCCACUCACCCCCCGCUAAGUGCAGGAAAUGGCUAAUCUUUUCUGAUAUGACUUUCUGGUGGAGGAACGGGUUUGCCUGUCUGUGUCUGUCUGUGUGAUGGAGCAGUGACUGUCUGAUGAGGAACGGGCUGUCUUACCAUAGUGAUCUAGUUUGUAGGCCUACGUCAUGAGCUGGAUAGAAGCAAUCUACCGUCUUCAGAACUGGAUAAUAAUAGCUUUAUUUGCCUCGUGAAAUAAUAGAACAAUAAAUAAUAUUGUUUGUUAGAUCUCUCAUAAAGCUGUGAUGGAGAAUAGCCUAGGCUUAGGCUAUAAACUUUCAUUAUUGUUAUUUUUGAAAGCCACAACAACUUUAGGACAACACCUUCGUAGGCUAGAAUAUUUGGGAAAUAAGCGACUGUUCAUAACUAAAAAAAAAUUGUUUUAAAGUUUUUUUGAUAGGCCUAGUAGGAGGAUAGGUUAUUGGCCAUUUGGUUUUCAACCUCGCAUGGAGGAAUUUUCCUAGCCCGCAUGGAUUAUUUAUUUCUUAAUAAGCUUAAACUGUCAUUAGAUUUUUCUAUAGGCUAAUGAAAUUGUUUCUCUCAUUAUUAGUCCUCUGGCUACCUUACCGUUUUUAGGCUAUUCAAAUAACUUUUUUGAGAUGUAACUCUGUUACAUUCAUUGUUUGAUCGAGAGAAAUCCAUGCAUAAAACAACGAAGCGUAACCUUGAGCCAUAUUCAUAGCCUAUCGAAUGGAGAGAGAAAGGAAUCUAGGCUACGUUUUUUUUAAACAGCUAGACAUAAUAUAGUUCUUUUUUUUAAAGUGUGUCUUGCCUAAUGCCCAUGCAUCCGACAGAGAGCGAGAAACAUUAUUUUCUGACUGGACAUUUUGCCCUGCUUUGGUGGAAUUCUCCACUCUGUCUGGCCUACAGUCCUCUCUUGUGUUCUGUAGGCUAUAUAACAUGUUGAUUGAAGUAGGCUAUAGCAAAUAGGAAUAGGCUAAUUACUCGGAAUGUCACUUGUGUCCUGCCCUGCUGUGCGCUGCGAGACUAUACUGCGUGGCGCCAGUCAAGUUCAAAUAGGCUAAACCAUCGUCUGUCACAACACAAUGUCGUCACCAUUGACGAUGGCUAUCAAUCAUCGUCGAUAGACGAUGCUAUCGUAAUAUCGCCCAACCCUACUGUAGUCCCUAACCCUUGCAGGCCCCAGCUCAGAACAACACGGGACUGUAUGGGGGGCCAGGUCAUCUUUCUAGCACUCAGUCACUUCUCACACUAACACUGUCUGAUUCUGCAGUGUGUUUAAUAUCACAGCCCAGCCACACCUACUAAUACUUAAACUACAGUGUGACCCAUAAGCUAACAAACAGGGUGCGGUGUGAAAACCUAAAACCACAAUCAUGGUCUGACGCUCCAGCUCUUAGCCAGCAGAAGGAGGGUGGGACGGAUGGACAGCGAGAGUGAUGGGACUAGUCUAUCACUGUCUGGUAUGAUGUACACUUUUUCAACCUUCUCUCUCCUUUCUCCUCUUUCUGUUGUUCAGUUUCAGAACAGCCGUGCUGUAAGGCCCUGUAUGACUUUGACCCGGAGAACGAGGGAGAGCUGGGCUUCAAGGAGGGCGACAUCAUCACCCUGACCAAUCAGAUUGACGAGAACUGGUACGAAGGCAUGCUGCACGGCCAAUCAGGAUUUUUCCCUCUCAACUACGUGGAGAUCGUUGUCCCGCUGACACACUAA